GGGUCGGUUGUCGCCGAGGGAGCAAGUCCUUCCAGCCGGGCGCUGAGCGGUUCCGCGCCCGACGAGUGGGGGCCACGGGGAAGAAGGGUUGCUCGGUGGGAUCGCUUGCUCGCCAGCCACCGGGCUGAUGGCGGCGGGGACGUCUUCCUGUUGCCGGGGCGGGCUGCAGCCGCUCAAGGCCACCGUCCCCUUCCAGCUGCAGCACCGGCGAAGCGGAGAUGGGGGCCGGGCAGCUAGUGUUCCGUGUGCAGCUGGCUCCAUUGAAAAGGCCUGCCGGAACAGGCCUCCCAGAGUGCGGCGCACUUCAUCGCUAGACACCAUACUUGGGUCAUACCUCUUGGGUCAGUGGCCUCGAGAUGCUGAAGGAGCUGCUGCUGCAGCACAUAUGAGUGACAAAUCAACCCAGACUCCUGUAUCCUGGCAUGAAACUGAGGCAGGGAAAGCUGCAAUCCAUAAGCGUUCUGCCUCGUGGAGUAGCAUGGAUCAUCGCAGAGAGAUUGCAAAAUUGAAACAGCAGCUCCAGCGAACAAAGCUCGGGGCCUGGGGCAGCAAAGAGAAAGAGCAUAACUCCCCAAUUCAAGGGGAUCAUAGUGUGCUCCCAUCAGCAAAGGCUUCCCCACCUGUACCUUUUCCAGGCUCGGCCACUGUGUCAAUCAGCCCCUGUUUGCACAACAGCCUGGACGGUAUCAAUCGGGAGUUGGAAGAGGUGUUUGUAAAAGAGCAAGGAGAUGAGGAGCUCCUCAGAAUUCUGGACAUCCCGGAUGGCCACCGAGCCCCAGCACCACUCCAGAAAGGUCCUCAGGAUGCCUUGCUGCUCCAGCUGGAGCACAGUAGCAGCAGCAGCUGUAGCAGCCUCUCUCUUUCUCCAUCCCCUUCAGCUGCACUUGGGCCAUCCCCGUAUACUUCUGCUCGAGCCACAACAGAAGAAUUUUGCCCUAGCAUGGUAGAAAAGCCAGGGCUGGAGGUGAAGGGAAAAGAAAACGGCAAUACUUCUCCAGUCCUUGCCUUCGCCCUUUCUUCUCCUCGUCCCAACCACACCUAUGUGUUCAAGCGGGAACCUCCAGAGGGCUGUGAAAAAAUCCGUGCUUUUGAGGAAGUAGUGCCAUUGAGCCCUGAUCAGCCUUUCUUGACCUCCUGCCCAGAUAAAAACAAAGUCCACUUCAACCCAACUGGUUCUGCCUUUUGCCGGUUCAGCCUGGUGAAACCUCUUAACCACAGCGUGGACUUGCUGUUCAGAGACUUCUCUUCCUCUACCAGCCCCAUGCCACCAGGAACGUUCUCCUCAUGCCCACCCACUUCUGCCCUUCCAGUCCUUGCUUUGCGGAAAGACUCAAGAGGAGACAACUUCAAUGAGAACCCUAAAUCACCCUCGCUAAAUUUGGAGUCCUGGAAGCGGCACCAGGCAGAAGAUGCUGUCCUCUUCCAUGGCUCCCUGGUUGUCUGAAGCUGAGAGAGAGAAAGAUGAAGCCACAAUAAAUGCAUGGUCCCUCCAUGGCCUCUGGAGAAGCAUACUUUGGAACUGGGAAACAGAGCGCUUCCAGGACACGAGUGCUCGCAACAGCCUCAAUGUGCAGUAGGGUUUUUCUUGGACUCUGGUACUUAAAGCACUUCCCUUUCCUAUGGGUUCAUGUCAAUGUUCACCUGCUGUUGCAGUGUCCAAAGAGCACGUAAUACUCUGAUGGAAUACGCACACUAUUAGCAACCAGAUUGUUGUGUCUGUUCGCUUGCUGGGUUAGGCAGGAGCUCAUUUAUAGGCCUUUUUUCAGUGAUCUUAAGAAUGUCUCAGACUUUCCUUGGAAUGGGGAAGAUGAAAGAGUUUACAUGUAGCCAGAGGAGCUCAUGUACCAUUCACGCAUUUGACUGCUGGGAGAGUUGACCAGGGUAGUCUGUUUCCAAGGGUGCCAAGCCUAUUAUUUGUGUGUGAGAUCCCUUUUGCAUCCUACCCUGCAUUCUAUAACUUGCAUCGCUGGAACACAAUCAGCCCAAUUCUUGAGGCAUUUUCCCUUUUUACAAUCAUGUCAUGAUAAGCAGAUAUUCUGCUGAGUGCCUUUUUGAAGUAUUGGUCAUGAAAUAGAUUCCUGUGCCUCACACAGAAAGAAUAAAGGAGUGUGUCUUUUCCUGUACUGUCUCCAGGUGGACCUCCUGAGGAUACUCCUUGCAACAGAGUUCUGGAAAAGGGGAUUGACACUCAAGCCUGAACAAUGGCUAAGGUUUUCUGGUGUAAUGCAGCUGUUAGUCCAAUUACUUCCCUUUAUAUUAUAAUAAAUUGGCUAGUCCAGCUAGGUCUGAUACUACUACUAUUCCAGCCAAUGUGUUUGGGAAAUUUGUUUCACUUAAACCCCCUUUCUAACACAACACUCCAAAGAUUCCAGGCUCACUUAUACCUACAUCCUGUCCCACCUCCCACCCCACAGCUGAAAGGCCUUAAACCUGGUGAUGCCUUGAUUGCAAGUGUACUAGAAAUUAAAAUGACUUUCUUGUUGUUAUGUUAAACCUUUGGAUUGUAUUGGAAGGUUUUUCUUGAACCCAAGAUAGAAAAUAUAUUUUCUUUUGAAGACAGUAUUUUUGCAGCUACUUUUGAAGUUUUGUAAAUUUUAAUGUAUGUAUCACAGAAGCUUACUGAAAGAAUGUUAGCACAUCAGAGGUUCAUUGCCUUGAGUUGAGAGAUUUCUGCAGAUCUUGGUGUUUAAACCAAUUUAAAAAUAAAAUAAAAAUGUUGGGCCUCUGAAA